AAAUUUGAGUGACCAUUGUUGAAAAAUGUCCGACGGUCAACCUAUACCUAUUGUCCAAGCUGUAGAAAUCGCAUUACCCUGAGCAAUCAAAAAUGGCGAGAGCCGGUGGGAUAACGAACGCGGUGAACGUGGGAAUCGCAGUGCAAGCUGAUUGGGAAAAUCGGGAAUUCAUUUCCCACAUUUCUCUCAAUGUCCGUCGCCUCUUUGACUUCCUCGUACAAUUUGAGGCAACCACCAAAAAUAAGUUGGCUAAGUUGAAUGAGAAGCUUGACACAUUGGAGCGGCGUCUCGAAUUGCUGGAAGUACAAGUGGGCACUGCUACAGCCAAUCCAGCUAUGUUUACGACCUGAUUGGAUCGGAAUUCUUAGAUCGAGGUCUGUCAUGAGUAGUGCGGUCGAUUUCGUGAUUGUAUUUUGAUUUUCGCUGUGGACAACUUCUUGCUGUCGUUAUUGUGUAGAAUCUUUAUGCAUAUAUUUUUAUAUAAAAAUAUAAGAUGUUGGAAUGUUAUCUCAUGGAUUCACAUCUAAAAUUUUGGUGUCUAUCCA